GGCUGCGCCGCCAUUUUGAAAGCGGCUGACGAGCGUUUCCCCCAACGGACAUCUUGGCUCCUUUAGGGCCGGAGCCUCAGAGUCUGUCGGUUAAUGGUGGCGGAGGCUCGCCAUCUUAGGAGUGGCGGAAAACUCCGGCCGAAAGAUGUUUAUGAACGAAGAAACUUCGAAAAAAUCCCCCACAGACAAUACUCUCAGCCCUAGCCGAAUCUCCUGUCUCCCAGAUCAGGAGGGUCUCAUGGCAGCCCGUGGCGGCUCGGGGGUCGCCAGCACUUCAGAGCCCGUGAAAGUUUCAAAAGUGAAGUCUUCCUUUCGCGAACAAAUCGCUGAAUUGCAGAGGAAGAUCCAACUUCUGGAAGAGGACCAGAAGGCCUCCUUGGAAGGCACAGAAUGGAUGAUGGAAAAGAACAAGGAACUGAUCGAGUACCUGCACCAGAAGAAUAGGAAGAUGCGCAAGAAACUAGGGAGCCUGCUCAUGGGGGAUGAACACAUCAUGAGGAAGCUGUUUCCGGAGCAGCGGGCAGAGAACGUGUCCCUGAGGAGCAAGAAAGGAAAGGCAGUCUUAGAGUUGAUGGACCUCCGGCUGUGCAAGAAAGUCAAGCAGCUAAAUACCUUGAAGUACCAGGUGGAGCUCCGCCAUCAGUACCUGCAGGAGCUCGAGCUGCAAUAUCAGAUGAAGCUGCAGGAGACCGUGGACCUGCAAGCUACCCAGAAUGAAAGUACUGAGGAGAACAAGGUCCUUCGCGACUUGGAGAAUCAGCUGGAGAAGACUAGGUACAAGAUGGAGGAAGCCAAACACAUUACCAAAUUCUACCAUCAGCUGAAGGCACACAUGCAGGAGGAAAGACUGACCUUCCAGGGGAAGCUGAACAGCGUGGAAGCGGAGGUCAUCCGUCUGCAGCAGGAUUGCACCACCCUGGAUGGGAUAAAGCACAAGGCCCAGGCCAACCGAAACUCAGCCAGGGCCCAGUUGCAGGAUUUAGAAGAAACCGUGUACCUCAGUCGGAAACAGCAGGAGAAGGAUCUGAAUGACUACAAGAAGCAGGCCGAGGAGAGGAAGAUUCAGAACGAGCGGCUAGAGAAAAAGGCCCAGCGGGACAACAUCCCUAUCCCAGUGGAGGAGCUUACCACCAGCGAUUCCCAAGUUUCCCAGCCUGAAGAGGAGAAGGAGGAGUGGCUGGUCCAGAUGGAGCAGGCUUUCGAGGUAGUCAGAGAGGCCACUGGGAUUCCUGACGCCCAGAUGGUCCUGAAGCAGUUCCUGACCCAGGGAGACGUCUUUAGUCACCUGGAGGUUUUGAAGGAAGAAAAUGAGGAGUUGCUGGUUCAGCUUAAGAAGAAAAAACAGCAGAAGCAGCAGGAGCUCCAGGACCUCAAGUUCAAAGGGGAGGCCCAGGUGGCCAGGAGGAAUCAGCUGCUGGCAGACUUGAAGCAGCAGCUGCAGGCAGAGGAGAAUCGGCGCAACCAGGCCCGGAAACGCAUGGAGCGGAUGAUGCAGAUGCUGAUGAUGGCAAAGGCCAGCGUGGAGCAUCUGUCCUGCAGGCUGCAGCACAUCACCAUUGAACCCGGCCCUGACUCUGAAGUGGAGCCGGACCCGGAUACUAAUGACCACAUCCUAUACCAGCUGUCCCAGAUAGAGAAGAAGAUCAUGAAGAUUCUGCACCAGCUGGAGGGGCAGGACAUAGGCGAAAUGUUGAAGCAGAUUUCUGAAGAGGAGUUCCAGAACAGUCUGGAAGGGAAGCUGCCCCCCUGCAAUGUUCGUAUCACUUUUGACAAAGAACAGCCCCAGGACAAGUUAUUUGAUGAGGACAGUGGGGAUGAUCAGCGGGAGGUGAUGACCCGAGCUGCUCUCAAGCUCCAGUCCCAGAAGAUCAUUGAGAUGCAGAGCAAGAAGGGGCGUGCAAAGAAGAAGGAAUAGCAGCAGUAAUCCCUAAAAUUGGAAGCUGCAGCCUCCCCUCCCGCACAACCCUGCUUUCUCCCACCCUUACUACUUGCCUAGCCUCCUGUGGUGAUGUCCUGAGGGAACCAGGCAAGGGGCCAAGGGACACUUCAGUCCACCCUCCCCACCCCUUGCUUUCCUCUUCCUGCCCCUAACCCUGGUGACAUGACACGCUUGUGCCCUCUGCUCAUUUGGCCUGAGCAGCUCUCCCCGGGGCCUGGGAGAGACGGGGGCCUCCUCAUGGUGCUGUAUAAGAACAAGUCCCAGCUGUACAAGAACUCUGCGGACCCCAGUCCCUGGGGGAGGCUCCCGGCAAAGAGCCCCAAGCAAGGGAGGUACUAGAUGGUUCCCACCAUCAAUCUUCCAGCGGCAACGGCAGCGGCUGCCACCGUGAGUCCAGGGGGAGGGGUUGGCAGCUGUAGAGCCGGCCUUGUCCCUGCUGUCAGCCUGCGCUGGGUCCCCCUUUGUGAAUAAGAGGUGGGAUAGAAGGGAGCCGUCUCCUCCCCGGGCCCGUCACCUUCUUGCCCCCUUCGUUUCCUCUUUCCACACUCCUCUGGUCUUCCCCAACACCCUGUGCCUCUUUAGUAAAUUAUUACUUAUUCAAGCGAAUAAAGGUUGCAGAGAAGAUCGUGGUCCUA